ACCCUCCCUCUCUUUCUCUCUCCCUCUCACUCCCUCUCUCUCUCACUCCGCCCACUCCAGCCGUUACGUGCAGCACGAGGAGGACAAACACUCUGCUUCUCUUCUCCCGCUCCCUGAAGACUAAAGCUUCUUCAGCCUCCUCUGGUUCCUCCCUCACGUCCGAGCUGAAGGAUGAGUCGUCGCGUGGCGGUGGUCGGCGGCGGCAGCUCGGGGCUGGCCUGCAUCAAGGCCUGUCUGGACGAGGGUCUGGAGCCCGUCUGCUUCGAGAGCAGCGACGACAUCGGAGGCCUGUGGAAGUUUAAGGAGAACCCAGAGGCGGACCGGGCCAGCAUCUACCACUCGGUCAUCAUCAACACCUCCAAGGAGAUGAUGUGUUUCAGUGACUUCCCCAUCCCCACACACUACCCCAACUACAUGCACAACUCCCUCAUCAUGAACUACUUCCGGCUGUUCGCCGACCGCUUCCAGCUGACCCGGCACAUCCGCUUCAACACCAAAGUCUUGCAGGUGAAGCAGCGGUCGGACUUCUCUCGUUCGGGCCGGUGGGACGUCGAGACGGAGAACAAGAGCGGCGAAAAGGAGAAGCACAGUUUCGACGCCGUGAUGAUCUGCGUCGGACAUCACUGCCACCCCAACCUGCCGCUGCACGACUUCCCAGGCAUCGACACGUUCAAGGGAAAGUUCUUCCACAGCCGAGACUACAAGACCUCCGAUGAGUGGAGGAACAAGAAGGUCGUCGUGAUCGGGAUCGGAAACUCCGGAGGGGACAUCGCGGUGGAGCUGAGCCGGGUCACCAAGCAGCUUUAUCUGAGCACUCGGAGAGGAGCCUGGAUCCUGAACCGGGUCGGGGACAACGGGUUGCCGGCGGAUAUGAAGUUCAACCGGGUGGUGAAAUGUCUGAGGGUCAUCCUUCCCUUUAAUCUUUUAUGUGGUCUCGGAGAGAGCAUGCUCAACAAGAGAUUUGAUCACACUCUGUACAAUCUUAAGCCGAAGCACAGGUUGUUCAGCCAACAUCCCACGGUGAACGACGAGCUGCCCAACCGCAUCCUGUCUGGGACGGUUCAGGUGAAGCCCAACGUCCGCAGGUUUCAUGGGUCCAGCGUGGAGUUUGACGACGGAAGCGUCGCGGAAGACGUCGACCUGGUGGUGUUUGCCACAGGUUACAGCUUCUCCUUCCCGUUCCUGGCCUCGCAUGUGGUCUCGGUGUCCGAGAACAAAGCGUCGCUCUACAAGUACGUGUUCCCCCCGGAGUUGGACCGCCCCACCCUGGCCGUCAUCGGCCUGGUGCAGCCGCUGGGCGCCAUUAUGCCCAUCGCCGAGAUGCAGGCCAGGUGGGCCACGCGAGUCUUUAAAGGCUGCAUCAAGCUUCCCUCAGUGGCGUCCAUGAUGAAAGACGUCCAGUGCAAGGAGGAGACGAUGAUGAAAAGGUACGUCUCCAGUCCGAGACACACCAUCCAGGUGGACUACAUCUCCUACAUGGAUGAGAUCGCGGAGCUGCUGGGAGUUGGGGUCAGCCUGCCCCGGCUGCUGCUGACCGACCCCCGGCUGGGGCUCAACUUGAUGUUCGGCCCCUGCACGCCGUACCAGUACCGUCUCAGAGGACCGGGAAAGUGGGCCGGGGCCCGUCAGGCCAUCCUCACGCAGUGGGAGAGAGUGGCUCAGCCCAUGCAGACCCGACCCUGUCACGACCACGAACCUGAGAGGUCGUGGAAGUGGCCUCUGGUCGUGGCAGCUGCUGCCGUGGGAUUGGCCGGCUACGUCAACAGGGACCGUCUUCCCGCUGUCCUGCAGGACCCCGCCGCGCUGUUGUACAAGAUCAAAGUGUACCUGCCCGCACAGUGAUCAGUGUUCAUCGUUUAUGUAUCAUGCAUGUAUGCAGAUCUUACUCUACUAUCCCAACCCCAGGAAGGAAGAACACACUGAGCCCAUGAAGGCCCACUGAUGUUCUACAAUGCUAAACAUAUUCAACAGGCCGGUCUGGGUUCUCUUAACUUCUCUAAUCUAGAGCUUUUAUUGAUACCUAUACAUAUGUCCCUUGCUUUCCACUGUAUGAUCUCUGCCUGAUAUUAAUUCCUAACUAAAUGCAGUAUUACAUUCCUUUCUACCUCAAAAACCUUGAUUAAGUUGGAUUUCUUUGAGGGGAAAAAUUAUCAAAAUCAGCAUUUAAGCUGCAGUAUUUUGAUCAAAAUGCUGUCUGUUUUUACGUAAUUUGUCAUGUGCAUUCAAUAUAUUAUGUGAGAAAAAGUAAUUGAAACGACAACAAAAAACAUGUGUUCACUCUUUUCUCACACACUUUUCAAAUAUGUAUGUAUUGGCUUUAUUUUCAAGAAUUAAACAUGCUUUGAAAGGCAACGAUGCUA